CCCUCCACCAUGCGGAAGAAGUUGGGGUCGUCGUCCUCUUUGCCCACGGCCUGGCUGUAGCGCCGCAGCCGCAUGAGAGACGCCGAGGCCGGCAAAGUGGCGUCGCCGAGUCCCGAGGCCAGAGCGCUGGAUCCCGCUCGGAAGACUAUUCUCCUGCUAUUCUCAAGAAGAAGUUGAAGAUGUGAAAGAACACCAGUAUGGCAGAUAAACUGAAAGUCCAUGUGUUUUUGGGUGCACCCAAUCCCCAAUCCCCGUCUGAGAGGGCCUUGGAUAAAAGUUCCAAUCAGUGGAAGACUUUAGAGUUUAGCUGGAAUCAAGGAAGGCUAACGCCCAGGAAGGAAGUCGGUGAGGGCCAGAUACCUAGUCAUAUUGCUGCAGAGGCCAUUAGUAGCCAGGACCCAAACACUGAACAUGAUAAGCCUAGCAUUUCAGGUUCUCAUGAUGGUAACGUGAUAGUGUCUGAAGAUGAUUCUACACCCUCGAUUAGCCAGUCCUUUCUGGCCAAGCAAGCACAACCUGAAGAGGAUGACAUGAGUCCACGGCUCGUUAUUGAAUACCUAGACAGCUGCUUCCCCUCCCCACAAGCUGACCCAAGAUCUGAUUCUGAGCCAAGUCCUGCCAUGUCUGCAAAGACAGAAUAUCUAACCACCUGGACCAAGACACAAGGAUUACUCCUGAAACCUGGGGUGGUUAUGGAGCAGGGCUCUGGCUCAGUCAGCACUAUUGGAUGUCCCCAAACACCACCAACACAAACUCCCUCAGCCUCUUUGAGCUGUCCAGAGCUCUACAGCCCAGAGGAUAGUCCAGGAAAUAGAGGUCUGGGAGGAACCCUGCAAGGAUCAGUGGAGCUUUAUGAGAGUCUGAGCCAAAGGCUGCAGGAAGGAGGUGUGAUUUUGUUGCGCACACCUGAUGGCCUUCUGUGCUCUCAGGCCAAUGCAGCGGAGCAGGAGGACUAUGAAUUCCAUUUUGGCUCCCCAAACAAAUCCAUAGAAGCCUCGCCUACUCCCAGCACCUCAAAACGGGCUAAGCUGUCUUCAGCUGCAGCCUGGAGACAGCAAGGAACUGGACAAAAAAACAUGUUCCUACUUCAUAGUCCAACCACACUGCUCUCCAGGUGUAUCAGUCACGGAGUGAGUUACUCCAUCUUGGUUGCUGUGGUGCACCCAUGCCACGUGAAGGAGAUCAGCGUGAAGUCUGGAGCAUCAACUGGAUCCAGUGUUCCGCUAGCUACUGUGAUCGUCACUGACCAAUCAGGAGUGGAGAUGAAAGUGGUGCUGUGGAGGGCAGCAGCAUUCUGGGCGUUGACUGUCAAUCCAGGAGAUAUAUUGCUCAUCACAGGUGUGACAGUGCAUGUGGAUAAAUGGCAAGGAGAAACUGUAUUACAGUCAUCUUAUGCGAGCCAACUAUUGAACCUGGGCCAGAUCACUCAAGGCCGUAAUCCGCAAGCUCCACAAUAUGUAAACCUUCACACACUGAGAGCUUUGUGUACUCAUCUAUAUGAGAAGCGCCCUCUGCUGGUGUCUCUGCCUCCUCGCACCGCUCAGAACCUGCAGUCAAUCCCCUUCGUCCACCUCGGGUCUCUACGACCUGACACACUCGUUCAUGCACUGCUAAGGGUCAAACACACCAGGAUGAUUUCAGACUGGCGGACUGAAGCCGAGGGUGUGUCCCGGACAGGCAGUAUGCCCAAAGCUGUGUUAACUGUAGAACAAGGAGGUGGCAGACAAGGAGCCGUUGUUCUUUGGGGAACUGCUCUCACCUGGCUACAGCACAUACACACUAACAAGGAUGCAGUUUGGGAGUUCCGGCUGCUGCUGGUGAAACAGGAUGUGACUUCAGGUCUUCUAGAGCUUCACUCCACGCCAUGGAGCUCGUGCCAGCCUCUGCUCCCAAACAACCCACGAUACAAAGAGUUCUGCAGUGCAGUCACUUCACACAGCAGCAGCAGCUUUGAGAUUGACCUACACACACUCCUGUCUCAGAAAUACACAGGCGACGUAGAGCUGAAAGUUCAUAUUGUAGCAUUCCAGUUCAACAGCAGUCCUUCCCAGGAUGCAGUGCUGCUCAUGGAUGGAGAGACGCCUUUGGAAAAGAUCCUGGACAUUGUAUCUGGUGACAUCACUUUCACUGGAUGUGGCCUGUGCUGUGCUGAGCUAGACACAGAUGAGAAUGGCAUCUACAGACCUUGCUAUCCAUGUCUGCCUCAUACUGGAGUACGCCGUUAUUACAGGCCUGUAGUUCUGACUGUGAGAGAGGGACAGAGUCAGGUCUGUGUGCAUGUUCCACCUACACUCGUGCAGAAGAUCCUGCUUAACACUCCACCAGACAAGUUGAACAAGACUGUAGCUCGGGUGCCAGAAGAGAGAUUUGUUCAAGUGGUGGCUAAGAAGAUCCACUCCAUCUUGUCCACUCCAAGGUCCAUGUUUCACCUCACCAUCCGCAGCCAUUUUGACUGUGAUGAAAACAGUGUUCCUUUCAUACAGAAUUUUUUGCUGUUAGAUUUUAUUGCACAAGAAGCUUGAAGCAAUGAAGAUCUGCCCUAUAUUUAUGACUUGCCUUAUGUACAAAAUGUUUUCUUUUUCAAUUUAGACCUGGAAUAAUUGUACUGUGUAAAAAAAAUAUAAGGAUAUAAAUUAUUUAUGUGUCUAUGUAAGUAUAAUUUGUGAAAUGAAUUUUUGCACAAGCACAAAUUUACCUGUAUAUACAAUACAGUUACCUUUUUUAUAUGUUGAUGAUUGAUUUGAACCAAUAAAUUAGCUCUGUAUUUGCACUGUUUGUAAUUAUUCUUAAAAUCUCUCCAAUACAUGAAUGUCUCAACUCCAA